AUGCUCAUGACUGCAGGUGUUGGAAUCAAAGCCCUACCUGUAAUGAAGACAGCUUUGCCUUUCCCGUUCACCCGGCUCUUCGGCGCCAAGUACAGAACCAGACAGUAUCCCACUGAACCCAGCAGUAUCCCCGUACACAGACGUGGUAUAAACCCACCACACAGAGUCAAGUCCAUCUCUAUGACUACCUUCACUCAACAGGAGAUAGAGUUCCUUCAGAAGCAUGGCAACGAGUACUGCAGAAAAGUAUGGCUUGGUUUGUAUGACUCCCGGUCACAAGGGAUGCCCGAGAGCAGGGAUGAACAGAGGGUGAAAGACUUCAUGAUCAAUAAAUAUGAGAAGAGGAGAUGGUACGUGUCUCCCAGUGAGAUACCGCCCCCCACCCCACCCUCCUCCACCAGCAGCGCGAGCACACCGGAAACCAAACCUCUCAAGACUUUGUUAGGAGACAACACACCCAACCUGGUGGUGCAUAACAGUGCACAGGGCUCCCCAGCCAUCAGUAGACCACAGUCCAGCCAGUCCACGUCAGCGCUGGCCCCUGCAGCUAAGGGCUCCCCUGCACAGCAGAAAAAGUCAGCCACCAUGGACCUACUGGGCGAUCUGGGAGGAGACCCCUUCGCUUCAGCUGCACCACCUGUUCCACAACAGUCUCUUAUACCAGGAAUGGGAACUGCUGCACCACCACCGGCUGUAGGAGGAGGAGCUGGGGGUAUGAAUGGGGGUUUUGCCAACUUCGACCAGGCUUUCUCCUCGGGCUCUGCACCUGGGUUUGCUGCUCAGCCAAAUGCAGGAGGCCUGCCCCCCGCUAUGAGUAGUGCAGGCUCCAUGGGUUCUGGAGACUUUGGUGCAUUCACCUCCUCCACCCCCGCAGCAGCCUCCAGUGGACCGGCCCAGGGGUCAACAGGGUCAGACAAGUACGCGGCGCUGGCUGACCUGUUCAGUACAGACUCCACCAAUCAGACCAGCCUUGUGUCUGGAUCCCCAAACUUUGGGGCCACCUUUUCUGGACAACCUGAGGGGUUGCAGGCUGCCUCCAGACCCUCUUCUAACCCCUACAACCUGGACUGGGGCUCUGGAGGGGGUUCUGCAGGCCAGCCGGCACUUGGUGGAAGCUCCAGUACAGGCAUGAGCUGGGGACAGACAUCCUCUACCACAUCCUCCAUGGCCAGGACAGUAGCUGCUCCAGGACCUGCCAACCCCUUCCUCAGUAGUACAGCCCCUGCAGCAGCACCUGGGACUAAUCCAUUCUUCGGAGGCGGCGGGGGUGGACAGCCUAACGGGGCGUUUGGAACACAGCCACAGACAAGCAUGGGGGGUGGAUUUGGCCAGCAGGCACAGAGUGCUGUUGGUGGUAAUUUUGGGAGUUUCGGCGGUGUUCCUACCAGUUCAGCAGGGUUUGGUGUUCCGCUGAGUCAGACCGGAUUUGGCGGGAGUCAGGCAGGCUUUGCUGGCGCCACGAGUGGAGCGGCCCCGCCCAGUUACAACGCAGCGGUAUAUGGGGGAGUCGGACUGCAGCAGGGGGCCCAGCCCGUGUCUAACGGAGGGUGGGGCAACUUCAGCCAGGGGGGAGGGGUGCCGGCACAGAUGGGAUACGGUGGACAACAACAACAACAGAUGAACCCAUAUGGUGCAGGUGGUUUUGGUGGUGCAGGGAUGCCGGGUGGUCCACAGGGCGGGGCCAUGCCACAGGGCGGGGCCUACACCCAACAACAACAACAACAACAACAGUUCACAGGCUGGGGACAGAAACAAGCAGCUGGAAACCCAUUCAUGGGAGCUGCACCACAAGCCAACCCCAGCAAUCCCUUCUUGUAGCAGCAGGACUCAACAGAACCCGCGCUGACUGCCGACAACCAACCGUUCCCCCUAUAGCAGAACAAUUUUACAAGUUGUACAUAGAAGUCCUACAGUAUGAUACAGGUAUAUCAAUAAGCUGCAGUAUAUAACAUCAAGUAAAACUCAACCAAUAGAGUGGAGUAAUGACUAAAAAAGAAGCAGAACUAUACAUGUACAUUCAUCAAUAGCAAACCAUAAGGCCAAAAACAGGCAUGUACAUGUACAUGUAGGUACAAUACUGAUAUUCAUGUACAUGUCAGGAAUAGUUUUCUUCCUGUAGAAUGUAGGUACAAAAAUGUUACCCUUGGUUUUAUAGUCUUUGAAUAGCAGCUACUAUAAAAUGCAGCAGGCUUGCUUGUCAAAUUUGAACUUCAUUUAAGCUUUUCUUCUUAAUCUAUUGGACUAUUCCAGUAUGAUUUUCCCCAUUCAUUAUGAUAUAGGAAAUUCAUCAAUAUAUCCCAAAUGUAGACAUUUUUUGUCCUUCAUAUAGCUUUGUAGUACACGUGAAAAAGUAGUUUGUCCAUUUUUUGUUUUUUUCCUUAGCACUUAAUGACAACAACUGACAUAUUUUGUGAGUUGAUAAUUUGACAUGAACCUUGGACACACUGUUUUGAUAACUUUCCAACCCCGUGAAGAAAAACUAACAAGAAGAAUAAAAGAGUAAGACCAAAAUUGACUGGCGUACGAUAUGAGAUCCACCUGUGUGCACUGUAUAUACUGUAGCAACUACCAUCAAAGAAAACUGUUUGAAAAUGUAUAAAUCUCCUUGAGUAUAUUUGUGAGUCGUUGCCACCCAAUAUAUUGUUGGAAAACACGUUUAGUGAAUUAAAAUAUCACCUUGUACUUUUGUUUUGGAAUCCUAGGCAAGUCCCGAAAAAAUUAAUUCAUUGAUCUGGUAGUGCAGCUUUACAAAAUUUCAUUCUCUUUGGAAAUGUUUAUAAUUUUUGUAGUCAUGCUGAAAUUAAAGUUGAAUUGCCCUGUCUUUUGUGCCCACAUUCCGGUUUAUCGUAUGUUGUUUACCGUCUCUCAUUAUUUGAAUAUCUGUUUAUCCCCAAAAUGUUUAGAUUUGAAGCUAAGGUCACACCAAAUUAUUUUCUUGGUUUAGGGACAAUUUUAAACAAAAUUUCAGAAAGAUACCAACUAAAAUGAAUAUAGAUUCUUGAGAAAAAACUUCUCGCACUACAUUCACUCUUGAUACUAAGUAAAUUAAUUCUAAUGUACAAACUAUUCUGCAACAAUAAUAUUGUCCUUUUGUAUUGAUAUUAUAUCUAUCAUAUUCCUGUUUUUCGAUAUGAGAAUCAAGAAAUCAAGUUGGUGUGGCCUAACAGUGGUGAGAAAAACAAAUUUACAGAACUUUUGUAGUGCUAUAUUUUUGUGCUUUAUCAAUAACUCACUAUUCACAAAGUAUGUUAGACCCUUCAUUUUAUAAGCAUAGCACUUAUAGACUUUCUGUUACUUACAAUACAUAUUGCUUUUAUACAUGCAUUGAAUAUGAUUAUAUUGCCUUUAAAAAUAAAGCUCAGCAUUUUUGUGUCACAAUGUCACUUUCAAAGUAUUGAUUUUGAAAAUAUCCAUGCAACCCUCUCAUAAUGUGGUCUUUGGGAACCAAACUUCUGUCA